AUGCGUCUCGAGUGUACACUGGUCAAGGCAAAGGACAAGAUCGGAAGCGGUGGAACGGGCGAAUUCACGAAAAAGAUCACCGUCUUGAAUGAGUUGCUCGUUGAUCGAGGUCCAAGUCCGUAUUUAUCUCAAAUUGAGGCGUACGAUCGCGGAGAACUCAUCACGACUAUUCAAGCCGACGGCGUCAUUGUCGCCACCGCCACCGGUUCCACUGCUUACAGCGUGUCCGCUGGAGGUUCGAUGGUGCACCCGAACGUUCCAGCAAUCUUGAUGACUCCGAUUUGCCCACACACGCUGUCUUUCCGACCCGUCAUUUUCCCCGACAGCGUCGAAAUCGAGCUACGCGUUGCGCAAGACGCUCGAUGUUCCGCCUGGGUCUCCUUCGACGGCCGCGAUCGCUGCGAGCUCGAGAGCGGGGAUUCCGUGUUCGUCCGCAUGAGCCAAUACCCGAUUCCCACCAUCAACUACGCCGAUCAAACGGGCGAUUUCAUCAAUUCGCUUCGAAGAUGUUUGCGUUGGAACGAGCGAGACAUGCAGCACGCGUUCGACGCGUCUCAAAAGGAGGCUCUCAGAAAAAUUUCCGAAGCCGAAAGCAACAACAAAUAG